AUGAGGCCCACUAUGCUUGCGACGCAGAAUGCGAACGUGGUUCAGCCUUCCAGCAGGCCUGAGGCCCCAGGGCCCGGCGCCAUUCGCCGUCGACAAGUUCUCAAACAGCGUUUAGGCAGCUUGCGGUUGGCUCGAAACUUCUCGAGUACGCGCGCCGCUCGAAUUAUACUGGAAGAAGAUGAUGAAGAGGACACUCCAAGUUCGCCACCCCUGGUCCACCGACAACCCAAGCGUCCGGAUGGCAUACGUGCUAGCAAAGACAAUCUGCGGAAAAUUCUUUCAUCUCGGACAGAGAAACCUAAGAAGCGUACUGUCUUCACAACCCAGGACCGGGUAGAGAUUAUCAUGAUUGAGCACAAGCUUCUAAACAUGCCUCGCGUCUCUCAACUCGGUCAGGAACUUGUUGACAUCAAAUAUCAUAACUUCAGUAACGCUCUUUGGAAAUGUGAAAACCAUCUCCGAUUGUGGGACAAGCAAUAUGCCGAGGCCUUCCAUUUAAUUGUCAUUGAGCCCUUCAAUGCAACAUUCGCAUUGCUCCAGGCUGAACUUCAAGAAAACCAUUACGAGAACAGGCUGAUUGAGCACGAAUAUUGCAAGAUUCGCUUCGAAAUUUAUCCCGCUCUUCAAAAGCAAGUUGAGAACUCGGCACGCAUCAUCUGCAACCUACAGAUUGCAGUCAUCCAGGGAAUCGGCAAAACGCUCGAGAGAGUUGUUAAAGAUUCGGAAGCCUACAUACGUGAUCUUAUUCACCUGGUGGAACGAAAUUAUCUGGAGCCUCGCAAGUCCGCUAGAGCCAAAGUCGAUGCCCUGCUGCAGUAUUCGGAGAAGCUGCAAGAAGAGUACCGUCGGCUUCAAAAGAAAGGGUUCGCUGUGCGAGACGGGGCGAUUGAAAUCCAAGGGGCCUUGUUCAGCCUGGCACACACGCGUAUACCCGGUGGUUCAAAGUUCAUGGCAAUGGCACAUUCACUCAAAGCAAAUACGGUAGCAACUGCUCAGAUCGCCCAUUUCCACCGAGGCUUUUGGUACAGGUCCAGGGGAUUUCAAGAUCCGCUCAAAGCCGCAGGCGACCAUGUCCCAAAAAAAGUUAUCCAACACAAUUUUACACGGUCUCCCUGGGAGGUUUCGACCGCAAUGUUGUUGGAUAGACCCCCUGAUUUGAAACGGACUAUUGAGAAGGAGCAGACCUUGCCCGCCCGUCGGCUGUGGGUGAAUUAUCGAAAGUGGCGCCAGGGACCCCAAACCACUAGAUGUUCGCCUGAGAACAGAUAUCUACGCCAACUUGAUGUCAUGGCGCCCUUUGACAUUCUCGGUUUUAUGCAGCGAGACAUCUUCCAUGAGGCCUACUACUUACUAGGUUCCUUGCAAGGCACAUAUGGCCCAAUGUGGGAUGGCCUCUCUCCUUCUGAAGCCAUACAGUCUGCUCACCAGAUCUUCGAUUGGGCCACCAAAUACCGCCAAGCACAAAAAGAGUUCACGGCAGAGCUGGAUCUGUACAGGAAUGUCAAUUGGAUUCGGCUUCAAACAGAAGAAAAACUCGAAGACUUGGGCUUGCCCAAUAUGCAAAGACAGGGCUUCUUCAAUCUGCCUCGGCUAUUGAGUCAAGACGACUCUCUAUUUGAAUCCUACGUCAAUUCACUAGUCUCAAUUAGCAUCAACUCGUGGUGGAUGUCUGUGAUAUUGGAUACCAAACAAGAGUCUUUGGUGAGCUCCACAACGUUGGUAAAACCAUUCUGGACUCGCAUGGGCAAACUGAUACGCCACCGAGAGAGAAUUAUGAGAGCCCCGGGGAUUCAAAAUCUGGGCUCUGAGACAGCAGUUCGAAAGCCUUUACGGCGGAGAAUACGUCAAAGGUUACGUUACACUUCGAAAGCUGCCGCACAUAUUCAUGACAAGUCAACGGCUCGACAUCUACAUGGUCAGCCUUCAAAGGUGGCUCUGAAAGAUCAGGGAAAGAAGGCCGAUAUCCGCAAUCAUUCAUCAACCCAAGCGCAAGAAGUGACAGAGUCUGGACAAAUUCCAUUCGCAGCUGCCAUGUCUAAGCUCAUGGGAGCAUUUUGGGCUAAGAAGGAGACCAACUCCGAGCCGAGAGCAUCUCCAAAGAUAUCGUUUGACGCAAAUACCCCGGACAACCAGCAUCUUUCUAAGAAAUGGGGGUCGGAUAAGAAGGCGACUGGCAACCGUGUUUCGUCUGCAAAGUUGGCGUCGUCUGAGCCUUCGGGGACGCAUCGAUCAAGAGUGAACGACCCCUUUGCGACUUCGAACGAUCUCCAAGCAACGGCUGCGACGAAUCUAAAGAAUCGCAAACGCAAUGCCUCGGAUACAGACCUGGAGCUAACGGUGAAUAAGCUUCAGGCACUGGCCGAGCUCGACGCGUCGAAGCAUGAGUCUUUUCCAUCGAGAGCGGCAGCACCAGCUGUACGAAAGCCUUCAAGUUGGAAGACCUUCAGAGCCUUUUCUCGCCGAGUAAGAAGACGAUCAUAUUGUACCAAUUCCCGAUUCAACCAUGCCAAUGUCAGGAACUGCAGCCAUGACUCUCUGGAAGACCGAACAGCUACCACACCAGUGCCAUCGAUCAGAAAAGUCACUGAAGAUAUUGUUUGGUCCACAGAGGACGAAUUACCCUCAACCCAAAUAUCAUCGUCUGUGCUUAAUGGUAAAGCCAAAUCACAAAUCACCCCGUCAUUCUGGACACACAGCGACCAAAGAGCCCCAAACGGUCAGAAAAUUGUUGUACAUUACUGCAAAACCCUCGAAAGCACUGAAGAAAUCUCGAAACUCUUCCUUGAUAGCAAAGUCAUCGGCUUCGACAUGGAAUGGAAAGCUCAAGCCUUCGCUACAGACACUAUCCAGAACAAUCUCUCCUUGAUCCAGAUUGCGAACGAGGACCGCAUCGCGCUUUUUCAAAUCGCCCUAUUUAAGCCGGCCCGUGGUCUGGAAGACUUUGUUGCUCCGACCCUCCGACGCAUUCUCGAAUCUCCUGCGAUCACCAAGGUUGGAGUUGCCAUAAAAGCGGACUCGACUCGUUUGCGCAAGUUCCUUGGCAUUGAAGCGCGUUCGAUAUUCGAGUUGAGCCACUUGUUCAAGUUGAUCAAGCAUGGUCUGGCAAAUCCAAAGCUAGUCAAUAAGAGGAGUGUCAAUUUGAGUGAGCAGAUGGAAGAGCAUUUUGGCAUGCCUCUUGAAAAGAGCGAAGAUGUGCGAUGCGGGGAUUGGACGAGGUCCUUAAAUUAUCGUCAAGUCCAAUAUGCCGCUACGGAUCCUUACGCAUGUCUCUGUCUGUUUAAUGUCAUGGAACGAAGGAGAGAGUCCAUGGUCCCUGUCCCGCCUCGCCCUGCGCAUGCUGAACUGAAUCAGCCAAUUGUCAUUCCCAGCGGGGAUUUGGUGAGGAGCGGAGAUAAAGAAGUUGCAGCCACUGAUCCCAUCGAGAUUGACAUUGCUGAGCAUUCCUAG